GCUUACUCUCAUCUCAAUUCUCAAAUCUUCUAAAGACUUUGAAAAGCACUCAAAUCUCCCAAACCCUCAAUCCUUGAAACCAAUAGCCAUGUCGACUGAGAACAAGAAGCUAAUCCUGAAAAGCUCCGACGAAGAGCAAUUUGAGAUUGAUGAGGCUGUUGGUCUAGAAUCGCAGACCAUCAAGCACAUGGUGGAGGACGGCUGCGCCGAUAAUGCGAUCCCCUUGCCCAACGUCACCGGCGCCAUCCUAGCCAAGGUCAUCGAGUACUGCAAGAGGCACGUUGAGGACAAGGAAAGCAAGAACGAAGACAAUAAGAAUGAUCAGGAGGAGUCUCUCAAGAAAUUCGACGCCGAUUUCGUGGACGUCGACCAGGGCGUCCUGUUCGAUCUGAUAUUGGCAGCAAACUAUCUGAACAUCAAGGGGCUGCUGGACUUGACAUGCCAGACUGUGGCAGACAAGAUAAAGGGAAAGACUGUCGAAGAGAUUCGCAAGACUUUCAACAUCAAGAAUGACUUCACUCCUCAGGAAGAAGAGGAGGUUCGAAGGGAGAACGCAUGGGCUUUUGACUGA